AUGCAAGAAUGUAUUGGGGUGGAUUCGCAUUUGCAAUUUCUGUCACGCACGCUGGUUCAACCAAAAGGUGUGAUUAAAUGGAUGACAUCUACAUGGGAAUUCGGGUCCGCAUCAAAUAAACAAGCCACAUUUGCUCUGAAAGGGCCUGAUAAGCUAAUCAUAGUGGUGGAAAAGCGGCUUCAAAACUUAUGGGAACAAUCGCAUACCCGUACCACCUGCCCACCGUUGACUGAACCAUUUGAACGUACGUCCGAAAUGUGUCCUGUCGAUACUGUUUUGGGCAAGAAAAAUUCAAUACAACUCGGUGCAGAAAGAGAAAAGAACGGAUUCAUCGACAUCCUGAAAGAAAUCUGA